AUGGACUCAAUUUGUCAACUUGGAAAGAACGUAGGUGGCGUUCACAUCUACUCCAAUUUGAAAGGUUGUGGUGGAGAACGCAUGCUAUAUGAGGGAGCCAGUUGCAUCAUUGUGAAUGGGGAAGUUAUUGCUCAGAGUCCUCGCUUCAAACUUGGCGAUGUCGAUGUUAUCACAGCAACUGUGGACUUGCAGAAGGUUGAUGAAUAUCGUUGUUCCAUUCUUGGACAUGCGAAUAUACAGUUCUUGGGUAAAAACUCUGGUUCUCUCUCCUACGUCGACGUACCAUUUAGCCUCGCAUCACCCAAUAUUAUAGCUAUGAGCAAUCCCAUUGCGACCGGUUCAGUGUCAAUCACAGGUCUUCCCAAGGUUCACUUCGCAGAGGCAGAGGAGAUUGCAGUUGGUCCUGCAUGCUGGUUAUGGGAUUACCUACGCCGGGCUGGAAUGAGCGGGUUUCUUUGCCCUCUCAGCGGUGGAAUCGACUCCUGCAGCACCGCAAUUGUCGUUUAUGUCAUGUGUCAUUUGGUCAUUGAUGCGAUCAAGAGCGGCGACUGCGGCGUCAUCAACGACGUCCAAAAAAUGUGCGCUACCACUGACAGAAGCCCCGACUGGCUACCAGCUACUCCCAACGAACUUUGCAACAACAUACUUCACACUGUUUAUAUGUGCAUGCCUGAACACUCAUCAGCUGCCUCAGAAAAACGAGCGAGGGAACUGCGGGACUCGAUUGGUGCUUACCACUUGGAAAUCAACAUUGAAGACGGAUACAAAGCUCAAAAGGAUUUAAUUACCAGUGCAACCGGUUACCAACCCAUAUUUCAAGUCUUUGGGGGUAGCAGAGCCGAGGAUAUCUGUCUGCAGAACAUCCAAGCUCGUUUACGAAUGGUUACUGCUUACCAGUUUGGCCAGAUCUUACCAGUUUCUCGUAAGAGGGUCUGCCCCACUCCUCUACUGAUUCUCGCUUCCACGAACGCCGAUGAGGUGCUGCGCGGUAAUUAUACUCGAUACGACUGCUCUUCUGCAGACCUGAACCCAAUUGGCUCCUAUUCAAAGAAUCAUUUGCGCGAGAUGAUCGGCUGGGCGCAAAAUAACUUCAACCUCCCCGUCUUGCAAACUUUCUUGGAUGCCAAACCAUCUGGGGAACUGCAGCCUAUUACCAAGGACUACUGUCAGGAUGACGAAGGAGACUUGGGAAUGAGUUACGACGAGCUAGCUAUGUUUGCCAUAAGUCGAAAGAUUGAGCACCUUGGAGCUGUGAGCAUGUUCCAAAAGCAUGUGCAGACAAUGGCUGGCGACUACACCCCCCAGGAAAUGGCAGAAAAGAUCAAGAAAUUCCACUACUUCCUUGCUUUGAACAGACAUAAGUCCACAACUUUGACUCCUGCAUACCAUGCAACAUCAUAUUCACCUCACAACAACUGGUGUGACUCUCGUCAAUUCCUCUUACCCCUCCAAAACACUGGGCACACGUUCCAGAAAAUCGAUGAUCUGACGGCCCUCAUAGAGAAGAGGGAAUACCAAAAUCAACUCAAUGCCACCCCUAUCAUGGCGAAAUUGUAA